AUGAAUUUCAUCAAGUUAAUUAUAACUUACAGAAAAAAUUCUUAUGAUUUUUAACAACGUCAAAAUUCUCGUUCUAGUCUUUAAGAUAAAUAUUUAUGGCAUGCGCCAAUCAAAAUGUCUAAUUACGAAAUUAAUUUAUAGCCAAACAAUAAAAAAAUAUCUUAAUAAUAAUUGAAAAGAAAAGAAAUUGAUUUGAAAUACUACAGCAAAGUGCAUACUGCUUUAAUUGAUUUGAAUAAAAGCAGAGUUGAGUUAAUUUUUAAUAAUUUCGAAAAUACUAAAAGAAUAAAUAAAGUCAAUUAAGAAGGAGAAAUCGUUCUUUAUUGA